GGGGGGCGUGUCCUGCAGGGUGCGUUUGUUUUUAUUUUUCCUCUUCAUGUUAAAAAACAGGAAGAAGCGGAGGGUGGGCGGUGAUUGGCUGAGAGACCCGGCACCAGCCCUUAGCCCCGCCCCCUCUCAGAGUGACGAAUCUUUGAGAGAGAGAAAUAAAGUUAAAAACGGCAAGAAAAGAAACAAACAGCUGCGAAGAAAGCGACGGAAACAAGAGUAAUGGCGGCGGCGGGAACAUCCGGAGGCUCCUCGCGGAGCUGCGAGUAACUCCAGGCCGCUCUGGGAGCGUCUGUCGGCGGGGACACGGCAUGCCACAGCCCGGGCUGCGGACAUCAUGGCUGCUGUGACCGUCACGACGGAUCCAGCCGGAGCGUCUCCGCGAGGCGGCCGGGUCCAGGCUCCGGGACGCGGACUGGGGGAGGACUGGAAGAGACACAUCGUGGGUCAGCUGAAGCACCGGGACCUGAGCCAGCACGCCCAGUUCCAGGACCUGAUCCGCUUCUACACUCGGCUGCUGGAGAAGACCAGUCUGACCAAAGGAAUCCUGAGCUGCUCCCUCAGUCGUCCCUCCUUUGACAGCAGCUGCUCCAUCUCCUCUCUGCUCCACCAGAAGAAGCAGCUGAAGAAAACGACAGGAGAGCUGGCCUAUCAGGUGGUGGAUCUGCAGCAGCAGAUUAAAAUCAAAGAACGUGAUCUGGAGGAGCAACAUGCCAGGCUGGCGGAGGAGGAGCAUCGACUGGCGGGCGCGUUAGAUGCUCGCCAGGAGCUGCAGGAGCGGGUGGAGCAGGUCCAGGAGGAGAACGGAGCGCUGAAGACGGAGUACGACUCGCUGCUGGAGCGCCAGCGAGCGGCGGAGAUGAGACUCCGGGAGGAGAAGGUCCGAGAGGAGCACCUCCUGGAGGACAUGAUCCACCUGAAGCAACAAGCCGCCGCCCGCAUGAACAGCCGCAACGAACGCAAGUCCAGAGCUCGAGAAGCGAAACUGCAGAAGGAGCUGCAGACGGCGGCGAGGGCGAAGGUCACCGUGGACACUUGUUCCAGUGCACCGACCUCCAGAUCGACGUCUCCAAAGACGGAGAACCAGCCGGAGUCAGAGAAGAGACACACCAGACUGUUCAGAUCAGCGUCGGCGACGUCCCCGAGGAUCCUGUCCUCCAUCAGAGAGCUGUUUGACAGGAAGAGGCGUGGCCACUCGGUGUGCAGUCUGGAGGAGGAUCUGGUCUGUCCGGUGGGGAUCUGGGGGUCAGCUAGAGUCCCUGUUAGAGCACUGCAAGUCCUGGAGGCCCACGAGCAAGGCAUCAACGCUGUGAGGUUCAGCGCCAGCUCAGACCUGUUGGCCACCGGAGGAACCGACAGAGUCAUCAAACUGUGGGAGGUCAGAGCAGGUUCGCUGACUCACAGAGCGACUCUGGACGGCAGCACGGAGGGCAUCACCUGCAUCGAGUUCGACCCGGCGGGUUUCAGGAUCCUCGCCGCCUCGUACGAUAAGUCGGCCUUGUUGUGGCGGCUGGAUGACUCCGUUCCCAAGCUGACUCUCACCGGUCACAGCAGGAAGGUAACGGCGGCGAGGUUCAGCAGUUGUCUUCACCAGGUGGUGACGGGCAGCGCAGACAGAACCAUCAGACUGUGGGACCUGCACAGAGCCGCCUGUGUGCAGGAAGUUGAAGUGGUGUCUUACUGCAGUGACCUUGUCUGUUCUGAGAACUGUAUCAUCAGCGGACAUUACGACUCCAAGAUCAGAGUCUGGGACACCAGGACCGUCAGCUGCAUUCAGGAGCUUCCAGCUCAGGGGAAAGUCACCUCGUUGGACAUCAGCUCCGACCAUCGACAGCUGCUCAGCUGUUGCCGCGACGACUGCCUCCAGCUGCUGGACCUGAGGAGGCGGAGCAACGAACGCAUGUGCUUUAGAGCGGAGGGCUUUAAAUGUGGCAGUGACAGCACCAAAGCUGUGAUCAGUCCAGACAGUUGUUUCCUGGCAGCCGGUUCAGCUGAUGGCGCCGUUUACAUCUGGAACGUGUCCACUGGCAACCUGGAGACCCGCCUACCGGACAAGCACAGUCUGUCCAUCAGUGCAGUGUCCUGGUCUCUGUCCGGUGAAUAUGUCGUCAGUGUCGACAAGAGUAGACGGGCUGUCCUCUGGAGUGACAUCUGAGACCGCCGUACCACAAAGAGGUCUUGUUGUCAUAGCAACACCCCACUCAAAAUUUUCUAAAACGAAACUGAUCUUAAGCUCUCAAAGGGAACAUUUGUGUUUUUUAUUUGUUUUGAAGACAAAGGGGAAACUUUCUUUCUGCUUGGUGCCUUUUUUUUUUUUUUUUGCAUUUUAUAUCAUAACUGGAAAACAAUAAUUCAGGCAAUAACAAAGGGACCAUUAUUACCUUAACAAGAAACAUUUUUAACUGUAAAAACUGAACGAAGGGAAAAAAUGAAAACCUGAACAUGAAAACAUUCCUGUAGCGUCCGAAAUGUUACCACAGAGGACGUAGGGUGUAGAAAUA